CCCGCGGUGUUAGUCGUUAUUUGGGUUGCCUUAUUAUAUAUUAAAAUUGUGAUACUGUUAUUUUAUUUCUCAGUUCCUCACAUUUUUUAUUAAAUAACUUCAGUGUUUUAUAAUACGUGAAAUUUAUAUACAUUUUAAAAUCUUUCCUUAAUUAUUACUUCAGUACUUACAGUGAAUGUUUAUACUUUAAUAGCCACCGAGCUACACUGUGAUAUUCUGGGGAAUGUAAAAUCAUGCGGUGCUAUUUUUUUUAUUAUGCAAUCAAACAAUUCUCUGAAUGAGACACGUUAUAAAUAAUGAUAAUUAAGUUGACAAUAGAAUAUUUGUACAUAAAAGAGAUUACGAAUAUUUACGUGAUGAGAUAAAAGUGCUUUUGUAUACUGACCUCCUUAAAUCGUUUAAAUAAGUAUUGAACUAUAAUACUAGUAAGACUAAUUUAAAUAACGAAAAAUGGAUUCUAAGGUGAUUCUGAAGGAAAAAAAUCCUCACGACAAUGCUAACAUCAUUUCCAAAGUCUUUUUAAUAUGGAGUUUUAAUUUAUUUGGAAGAGGAUAUAAACAUGGUCUUAAUGUGGGCGACUUGUGGAAAGCACGAGAUAGCGAUCUCUCUGGGCGAGUGUCCGAUCGCCUGGACGAGGCCUGGCAACAAGAACUGAAUAAGGCAAAAAAUGAUAAAGAAUACCGGCCGUCUCUAUCUAGAGCUAUCAUACGGAUAUUUUGGCUAGAGUAUAUGGUUUGCGGAAUUUUUACAGGGAUCCUCUUUAUUGUAUUCUGGCCGCUUAUUCCUUAUACAUUGGGUUUAUUUAUUGAUUAUUUUUCUAAACCAAGAACGGAAGAAAAUUAUAGAAAUGCACACAUUUAUAAUUUCCUAAUGAAUCUCUUGAGUGUGUUGACAUCCCUGUUGUUUAAUCACCUACAGCUCGCUCAGGGCUGCAUAGGAAUGAGAGUUAGGAUAGCUAGUUGUUCACUGUUAUACAGAAAGAUAUUAAAGCUUAAUCGAACUGGAAUGAGUAAAACGGAGCCAGGUCACGUUAUAAAUUUAAUGUCCAACGACGUGAAUCGGUUUGAUAUGGUGUCAAUGUUUUUGAAUUACCUUUGGGUAAUGCCUAUAGUGGCUCCCGUCGUCGCGUACCUGGUUUGGCAGCACGUGGCGUGGGCCACACUGGCAGCUCUUGCUGUUAUAUUACUACAAACAGUACUCGUCCAAGCUUACUUGAGUAAUCUUCAAGGAGUUCUACGUGGUAAAAUUGCGAAACGUACAGAUGAAAGAGUAAAAGUGAUGAGUGAGUUAGUAAACGGCGUCCAGGUAAUCAAAAUGUACGCUUGGGAAAUACCUUUCCAGAAGCUAGUCGACAAAUUACGCAAACUCGAAGUAAAUUUCAUCAUGCGCACAUCGAUGAUCAAGGGAUUCUCAACAGCUCUGACAGUGUUCACGGAGAGGUUUAUUCUGUAUGCGACUCUGGUGACCUUCGUGCUCAUUGGAGGACAUAUACAUUCUGGCAUCACCUUCUCUCUAGUGCAGUACUUCAACCUUUUGCAACUCGCAUGUAACAUAUGCUUCCCAUUGGCCUUGGCCUUCCUUGCAGAAACUAAAGUUUCCAUCCGACGCAUAGAGGAAUUCUUAGCCUUAGAUGAAAUGGUGACACCAAAAGCAAUUGAACCUAAACUGGAACUGAAGAAUUUAGAAACUUCUAGCAAUGGUACAGGAAAAGAUACAAAGUUAGAGAAAGAUAUACAGAAACGGAGAGCUAGUCUUUCUGGGCUGGUACUGUCGGGAGUCACGGCUAGUUGGCAAGAUGACUCCAUUGUAAGCACGCUGAGGAAUAUAACAUUGUCAGCAGCACCUGGUGAAUUCAUCGGCGUCGCAGGACUUGUAGGAUCCGGAAAGUCGUCACUGCUACAAUUAAUCCUGGGUGAGUUGAUGCCCUCAAAGGGUUCUCUGUCGCUUGGUGGGGCGCGGAUCUCAUAUGCAAGCCAGGAGCCGUGGCUCUUUGUUGACACUGUGCGUCAGAACAUUCUUUUCGGUCUACCAUACGAUUCAGCAAGAUACAAAAAGGUGGUGACAGCGUGUGCUCUGCUGCGAGACUUCGAGCAGUUGCCGUCCGGUGACGGGACUCUGGUGGGGGAGCGCGGCGCCAGUCUCAGCGGUGGACAGCGAGCGCGCAUCGGACUCGCUAGAGCCUGCUACAGACAGGCGGACAUCUAUCUGUUGGACGACCCUCUAUCGGCUGUAGAUACGCAUGUGGGGAAACACUUGGUGUCUGAGUGUGUGACAGGCCUUUUGAGGCACUCCACUCGUAUUCUCGUCACCCACCAGCUGCACCACCUCAAGACUGCCGACAAAGUAGUCAUACUACACAAUGGUGAAAUUGAAACUCAAGGAAGUUUCGAAGAGGUAUCACGGUCUCCACUAUUUGCGGAGUUGCUACAGGAAGAGGAGCAGGCCGAGGAUCCUGCAUCGCUGAAAGUACAAAGACAGCGCACCAUGUCCGUCAACUCUCACCUGAGUACUAGCACUAUUCACGAUCCGCUGGUCCAGGACGAAGAUAGUGCGAAAGAAGACGAGGAGAUGAUGGAGAAAGGUCGAGUAUCAGCGUCGGUGUACAGCAAAUACUUCCGUGCUGGAGGCAGUUGGUGUUUGCUGUUCUUUACAGUUAUCUCUAUAAUACUCGCACAAGUCGUCACUUCAGCUGGUGAUCUCUGGCUCACGCACUGGAUGAACGACAUAGAAUUAAUGCACUCGCCUAAACCAAUGAAUGAUAUUGUAAAUAAUACUAGUAUAAACGACACCAGCAGCAUUGGGAAUUCGUCACUCACAACAACAGAAGCUACCCCAAUAGAUACCACUACUACUGUUUUGUAUAACAUCACUGAUGUUCAGUUAACGACUAUUAGCAGUGUUAUUAACGAAACCGUGCCAAAUUUCGCCCAACAAACUGAUAACUAUGAUUUUUAUAUUUAUAUUUGGACCCUGGCAAUAGUUGGCUGCAUAGUUCUCACUACGGGAAGGUCAAUAUUAUUCUUGUGGGUGUGUAUGCGUAGUUCAAUAAAACUACAUAAUCAAAUGUUCGGCAAUAUAAUGGCAGCGACCAUGCGUUUCUUCGACACCAACCCGUCCGGUCGCAUCCUUAACCGAUUCUCAAAAGACAUGGGCAUAAUGGACGAAAUCUUACCUCGCAUGUAUUUAGACAGUAUUCAAGUGUUCAUGGUAAUGUUAGGUAUUUUAGUGAUGGUGGCUAUCGUGAAUCCAUACAUGUUACUAACCACGUUAGUUUGUUCCAUUCUUAUGUACGUGUGGACAAUCGUCUACCUAAGUACUGCGCAAGCUAUUAAAAGGGUGGAAGGUGUAUCUCGAAGCCCGGUGUUUUCUCACGUAUCUGCGAGUAUGGCGGGACUAACGACGGUACGGGCUUGUGGUGCUCAAGAGAUGUUGAAGCGUCAAUUUGACGAUAAGCAAGACGUCCACACGGCCGCCUGGUACUUGACCCUCGUAACAAACACAGCCUUUUCAAUAUGGUUGAGUUUAAUAUCUGCGUUCUACGUUAUCGUCGCAUCAUAUACAUUCUUGUUUUUGGAUAAUGGCUCUACUAAAUCGGGCAAUGUGGGUCUCGCUCUCAGUCAAGGCUUGAUUCUCGUGAAUAUGGUACAAUACGGCGUGAAGCAAGCGACUGAGGUGAUAUCGCAGAUGACGAGCGUAGAACGUGUGGUGCAGUUCACAUCACUGCCCCAGGAGCGUACUGCGGGGCCAAUGCCGCCUACAGGCUGGCCACAGCGCGCCAGGCUCAUCUUCAAGGAUCUUUACCUUCGAUACGAUAUCGACUCAGAUCCCGUACUAAAGAACUUGAACAUCGUUAUCGAAAGCGGUUGGAAAGUAGGUGUUGUGGGGCGCACAGGCGCGGGCAAGUCGUCCCUGAUAUCGGCGCUGUUCCGGCUCGCGCCCAUCGACGGCCACGUGUUCAUAGACGACAUCGACACCGGCGACAUCGCCCUCAAGGAACUUAGAUCUAAGAUUUCAAUCAUUCCUCAAGAGCCUGUUUUAUUCUCGGCAUCCCUCCGCUACAAUUUGGAUCCGUUCAAUAAAUACACAGACGCUGAUAUAUGGACCGCAUUAGAACAGGUGGAGCUGAAAAAAAGCGUGACGUCGUUGUCAGCGGGGGUGGAGUCCGGCGGAGCUAACUUCAGUGCCGGCCAGCGGCAGCUGCUGUGUUUGGCGCGCGCCGCACUCGCCCGGAACAAGCUGCUCGUGCUCGACGAGGCAACCGCCAACGUCGACCCUAAUACUGACGCACUCAUACAAAAGUCGAUUCGGAAACAUUUCGCCGACUGCACUGUUUUGACUGUCGCCCACCGACUGCACACUGUCGCAGAUUCCGACAGGGUUGUUGUAAUGGAGGCUGGCCAGAUAGUAGAAUGCGGGCACCCACACGAUCUGUUACAGAACCCUGAGGGUCACUUUACCAGCAUGGUGAAGCAGCUGGGCACCGCCUCGGAACAAAACCUGCGGGAAUUGGCGAGUGCCGCGUAUGCAGAACACAUUAAGUACGUCGACGCGGACGACCAAGUUGUCAUUAAAAGCAAGAAUGCCUAAUAGCUGUUUUAUAAUGUACUUAUUCUUCACUAAUUAUAUUUAUUAAUUUAGUUAUCGAAAUGAGAAAAUUGAAUGCGCAUAACUACUUACUUUACCAGUGUUCAUCUUAAAUAGAUACUUAAUUACUCAAUGAACCAUUGUAU